GCAGGUCCUACUGGGUGGCUGGGGUGAGCUGGACCCCAGACGGCCUCUUCCUGGCGUGCAUGCUGAAACGCGGAGCCUUGCUGAUGCUGUCCCGUCUCGGCGAGCUGGUGACGCUCACCACCUCUGGCUGCUCCGUGGAGUUUGGUCCAGCGGAAUUCAUCCCUCUCCAUCCACUGAUCAUGUACAGGCAGCCUCUGGAUACGGACCGUACACAGUCUGCUGGCUCGCCCACCUCGGAGAGUGACCCCCUGAGACAGCGCUUCUCUGUGGCAGCCCACCCCUACCUCCCCUGCCUCAUCGUGUCUGAUGGUUACAUGUUUACAGUGCUGCGGUUUGCAGAGCACGUUUCCGCCUCUUCUCUUCUCAAGUCCUUGCUGCUGGAGGUGACGCAGGGCCUCGAGGAUGUUUACAACCUGCUGCUGAGCCAGGGGGCCGAUCUGAAGUGCCGCCUAACACCCAUGGCAUCCCUGAGGAGAAGCGUGCUGCAGGGCUGGGGACCGCAGCUGGAGCCAGCCGCCUGCCCACCCCCUCCCUUCCUAAAGGACCACAGGACAGAGGGCGAUGAGGCGGAUGAAGGUGGCGACUCUGAGGAAGAUGCGUGGUGCCGUGCCGACUGCCCGGGGGAUGGCGGUGCCGUGGACCAGUGCCGGCUGGAAUUCGCCAGCAUGUUCGACACCUUGCAUGGCCGGCAGGGAGGACAGGCAGAGCAGCUGGAGGCCAGGUUUGGGCAGCUGCAGAGGGGCGUGCUGCUGGCUUGGAGCGUGGCAGUGUCGGCAAGGGAGGUAGAGGGCAGGGAUCUGCUGCUGCACUACACUGUUCGUGCCCUGCUGCAGUUUGCCCGCCUGCUGCCCUUUGCCCCGGCCAGUUUGCCCGGCUCGCUAGCCAGCACGCAGGCCAAGCUGGUGGACAAGGCGCUGAGGACAAGCCCCGGCAUCUACCGCACGGUGCAGCUGCUGCGCUACUGCCUGACGGUGCUGCACUGGGACUCGGGCCGCAGGCAUGCACUGGCGCAUGCGCUGUGCCUGUGCGCCGGCGUGGUGAAGUUGCUGUUGGCCAGGAGGCUGGGGGCAGCACCAGUCUCGCAGUCGCUCUUCAGCUCUCUCCAGGUGCUCCAGCUCUCCUCUGCACAUCUGAACACGGUGUACACUCUGCCAGCCGCCCUCCACCCUCACCUCCCUGGGAACGCCAGCCUCACCUCGCUCCCAGAGCCUGCAUCACAAGCAGCCGGGGACAAGCGCUCACUCCAUGAGCUGCCCUCUCACACCCUGCGCCCUCCACACGCACCAUCACACAGGCUGGUGUCGAUGUGGCGACUGUUGUACCAACAUGUGGUGCGGCACCAUUCCCAUCUGCGGACACUGCCGACACAAUGGAGCAGAGGCAGCUCCAGGAGGAAGCUGGCACGGGAGGUGGCUCUGCUGACGUCAGUCCUUGCCCAGACUCAGGCAGCUCUGCAGCAGAUGGGGGAGAGACUGGGCCCUCAGCAGCAGCUCACAUCCCUCAAGGGUGAGGAGAGCUUCAUGGUGGGCGCAUACCUGGAAUCGGUGCAGAGCUGGAGGGCAGCCCUGUUAGAGGAGCGGGGCCGAGAGGGCAGGAGACUGGUUUAUCUGCAGACCAGGUACAGCCUGGCCAUUCUCUACACACACCUCUACCUGUACAACCUGCGUGCUGCGCUGGACUUUGGGGAGCAGCUCGUAAAGCAGCUGCUAAGAGCGGAGCCGACAGACGACAGCGGAGCCCCAGGUGAGGCAGAGCGCUGGAGGCUGGCACUGGCGUGCCGCGAGUGGUGCCGGUGGAUCGCGGCGGUGUGUUGCGGGCGGUUCGGGAGCAGGGUGUCUCUGAGUGCUGGAGCGUGGAGCGGACAGUGGAGCUGUUGCUGCUCGGCAGACUGCUCCCUGAGGCCACGUGGCUGGCUCGCAGCCUCGGCGACUGGAAGACGGCCGUGGUGA